AUGACGAAGACGGUGACUCGGGUGAGGGCUCUAACCCUAACCCUAACCCUUGGACUAAGCGUUCAGAGUCCGCUUCCAUUCGCCAUGGAUAAGACCCCCAUGCCCGAUAAAUUGUUCCCGUCUGAAGGGUUUUCCCACGGUCUUCGAAGAGUACGGAGUUGGUUGAGUUUGGUGGAUGUGGAGAGGAGGAAUAAACAUCGGUACUGUGUCGCCACGCAAUGUUAUGAGUUGAGAGGGGAGUUGAGGGGAAUACCAAGGGUGCCGUUAUUGUACAUCAAAUGUUCCCUGUUGAUUUUGGAACCUGAGUCAGAUGCGACAGCACAGCUUAGGGAGGAUUGUAAGAAGUUGGGGCUGUCUGUGCAUGAGAAAGAACCUCUUUCUGGGAAGAAGCGGAAGAGAGAGGGUGAGGAGGAUAACGUUGUUGGCGGUGAAGCCUUGGAUGAAAUUGAACACGAACGGGUAGAAAAGGAGAAGUGGCGAAAGGAGACCGGCGCUGGUCCCGGAUCACAUGAUGCGAGUGUGAGUGGAACCCAGAAGAAGAGACGAGAGGGAGGUGAGCCCGAGGUGGGGGAGAGUGCGGAGGCACAAGCGGGGGAGAGAUCAAAUCUGGCAAGCGUAGGCGAAGAAGAACGGGGAAACAAGAAUGGCGAGGAUCAGGCGAAUGGGAGUGGGGAUAACGGGGCAGACGAGUCAGACUUCUAA